AUGGCUUCGAAAUCGAAUCUAAAGCUGAAAGAUUAUCUUUCGGAAGAUGGCAAACUUGAUCUAUCAAUUCUGAGUUUGAAAUCAGUUCCAAACGUCAAUGACAUUUUAGCCUUACGUAAAGUUAAAUCAAUUGAUUUAUCCAACAACCAAAUCGAAUCUUUACCCGAUGACUUCAUCAAACUCGAAGGUAUUCACACAUUGGACUUAUCGAGAAAUCGUCUAACGAAACUGCCGGACAACUUUGGUCAACUUAAAUCCUUGAAGCAACUCGACCUUUACGAUAAUCGCAUCAGCAAUUUACCUCUUUCUUUUUGUGAUUUGACAAAACUUGACUAUUUAGAUCUGAAAGGGAAUCCUCUAGAUGCGGACCUACAAAUUCAAGCCGGUAAAUGUUUGAAUAAGAAAGAAUGUCGAUCGUGUGCUGAGAGAGUUUUGAAAUAUAUGGACACGCAAAAGGAAGAAUUCGAUAAGGAAGAAGCGAUUCGAUUGAAAAAGAAACAAGCGAAUGAAAAGGCAAAAGCGAAAAAAAGAGAAAAACAAGCGGAGAAGGAACGAGAAGAGAAACGUUUGAAACGCCAAGAGAUCGCUCAGAAACGAUUAUUAGAAAGAGAACAACGAAAGAAAGAAGCAAAUGAACAAGAUGAUCAGAAGGAGAAUGUUCAAGACGAAAAAACAAAUGAAAAUCAAGAUAACGAUCCAGAAGAAGGAAUAAUAUCACAAAUCAUCGACGGUGUUCUCAAUAGUCUCUUACUUAGUCUAAUGACAUUUUUUACCUGGCAAUUGUAUCAGAAUCAUCGACAAUCGAUAAAUCUACAAGAUUUUUAUAAAUAUGUUUGA